AUGUGUGGUUUUGGAAGUGAUGGGGCAAGCACUAUGAUUGGUAGCAGAAAUGGUGUGGCAGCAAAAUUAAAGGAGAAAGUCCCUUGGCUGGUAAAUAACCACUGUGUGGCACAUAGACUAGCUCUUGCCUGUUCACAGGCAGCUGAAGCAAUUCCAUACAUGAAGAAAUUUAAAGAUAUUGUUGCCCAAUUGUAUCGAUUUUAUGACCAUUCAGCAGUCAGAACAGCAGGACUAAAGGAUAUUCAGAGUGCUAUCAGAGCACCUGAUCAGAAGCUGAAAAGAGCCAGUGACACCCAAUGGCUGUCACAUGAUCAAGCAAUAACAGCAAUUCGUAAAUCUCUGCCAUCAAUUAUAACAAGCCUUCAGAGAGAGGCAACAGAAAGGAAUGAUGCACAGGCACUGGGUCUUAGCAAGUUUAUUUGCACAUAUCAGUUUGUUGCAAGUGUCUACAUGAUGUCAGACAUUACCUAUCCUAUCACACCUCAAGUUGAUGGUGUCAUUAGUAAUCAACUAAAGGACUUUGACAUCAGAAGCUCAUCAAAGGACAAUUUCAAGCAUAAUGUUUACAAUAAAUAUUCGGAAAACCUUUGCAAACAUGUUGAGGAUAGAUUUCCAGAUGCUGGUCUUCUAGAAUCCUUUUCAGUCUUUGAUUCCUUCACUUGGCCAGAAGAGUAUUUACCAGGUGAUGGUGAGGAACACAUUGAGGAACUGAUCAAGCACUAUCAGCCUGUUGUGGAGCACCAAGCUACUUUGGCAGAGUGGAAAACCUUUGUGAAUGCUGUCCAGGCAAAGGCUGAUUUAAAAGGCAAAGACAGUCGAGAGUUGUUGACAGCUUUGGUUCAGCUUUGGAAAUCUUUUUUAAUUUUCUAA